CUUGCCAAUUGCACAAUUGCUCAUCGGAUUCAUUUUUAUACAUUUUAAUGAUGCGAUAAAAUAAAGAACGGAAGCGACAUCGUGGCUAAUGGCUCUCACCACCUCCCGAUCAACUGCGAGGCUUGCUCGCCAAGCUAUACGAAACUGCCAGAGCCAGUCCAUAGCACCCAUAUCCCGUCCCGCGACCUGCUUGUCAACCUGCUUCUCAACCUCAGCAGUAGCCCGCUCAGAAUAUGAGGAACAUCGACCACGAUGGGCGUAUACACCUGAGAGGAUGAGGGCGCCUUUCUCGCCGCAUAUCACCAAAGACCCUUCUCGUUCCAUAUGGGAGGUCAAUGAAGACCCGAAGAAAUUGGACGAUGUGCUGAACACAUUUCUGGGCCGCGACGGAGAGCGCAUGCUACCUGACGAACUCAAGUGGUUAGCCGUCACACACAAAAGCUUUGAUCAAGGACGAAGAGGCUUUAACGAUCGUCUAGCAUUCCUUGGCCGCCAAAUAUGCGCCCUGGAGUGUACACAAUCCAUUAUCACAUCCUCGCCUGAUUAUAAGGAACCCGAGAACGACCCCUAUGCGGGUAGACGAGCACCGUUCGAAAGUACCGCCCUCCGUAGUCUCGACAACCUCUCCGCAAAGCAGCCGAGCGACGUUUUUACGCUAGAAAAGUUGUCCAAGUUCGCAUUCGAUAUCGGCUUAUCAAGAGUUGUGCGAUGGAAACCGCGAAUGCCGGAAAAUAUCAAGGGUUCCGGUUACGACCCUGUCAUGGCAGGUGCCGUAUAUGCUGUCGUUGGUGCCGUCGCAUUGCACCGAGGCGGCAAGGCAGCAAGCCGAAUCGUGAGGGAUAGGAUAAUGAAGAGAAUCCGAUAGUGACGAUUUCGAUGUAUGUAAUAUAAGUGUACAAAAAAUACCCUAUACGAUGUACAAAGACAAAGAAAUGACCACUUGAAUUCAUAAGUCUGGUAGUAGAGUACGCCACCUUCCCGUGGAAGGCGUGUCUGAGCUCUGAGGCUCCUCUUAUCUACCACACAGAGUGCUCCAGCGGUUUUCUUACCCUAGGCACCAAAAGGCUCAUAUCGUUGACGCGGAAUUCACAGAGGCUCCCAGCUCGAUGUUAUGCAGGUUCAAUGCCGGCCUUUCUUUCAGGGAUGAAGGAAUAUAGCAGCUGAUGCUUAAGGCUCCUAUAUUGAGAAGCUGUGUAUCUAACUUUGAUGCCUAGUUAGAUAUAUAUCUCUACCAGAAAAUACAUGAAUCAAUAAGGCUAGCA